UCGUAGGCGAAGGUGUGGAGGGGGCUGACCUCUGACCCCACCUGGAUCAGACGUCUGAGGUAGGAGUCCUGGUAGUCCCGAGGAGUCUGCAGAGAGACAGUCUUCAGUAAAACACGGCACACAGAAAAGACUGAGAGGAGGCAGCAGUGAGCCCGUUCCCGCGGAAAGAAAAUGGCGAAGAAGACGCCGCGCUCCAAAACAAACAGGCCACGCAAAGGAAGACAGAAACUCACGAGCCGUCCCAGCAUGAAGGGAAGAACGAGUCUUCUAUUCUUCCUCAUCAUCGCAGCGUAUUCCUAUGGCAUCGCUGCUCAGGCAAUAGAGUGUGAAAAUGCCACCGUGGCUGACAUCGUCUUCCUAAUCGAUGGCUCCACCAGCAUUGGCACUGAUAGCUUUCAAGAGGUCCGGUAUUUUCUCCGCAACAUCAUCAAGGCCCUCGACAUCGGCCCCAACAAAGUUCGGGUCGGCGUGGCUCAGUACAGUGAUGAUCCUUACCAGGAGUUCCUGCUGAAGGAUCACAUGGACAAGAAAUCCCUGCUGGCUGCGGUGGAAAACCUUCCCUACCGAAAAGGAGGCACAGAAACGGGCAAGGCCAUCAACUUCCUCCUGACGCAGUACUUCACCAAAGACGCAGGGAGCCGAGUCAGCCAACGGGUGCCUCAGAUCGCUGUGGUCAUCACAGAUGGAGAGUCCACGGAUGAUGUGGUAGCACCCGCCCAGCGCCUGAGGCAGCAAGGAGUCAUUGUGUUUGGCAUCGGGGUGGGACAAAUCAACCAAAAGCAGCUUGUGUCCAUCGCCAACUGGCCUCCAGAUCGCUUCCUGUUUACCAUAAAUAGCUACGAGGCUCUGCAGAGGCUGACAGAGGGUCUGCUGCAAACUGUAUGUGUCUCUGUGGGGCAAAUGAAAGAAGCUUUGGUGGACAGGUUUGCAGAUGUUUUCUUCCUGGUGGACAAUGGCAUGUCUCAAGGACUGUUCUCCGUGUUUAGAUCUGACCUUGUCAAAGUGAUCAAUCAAAUGAAUGUUGGAGCGUCCACCUACCGUGUCGGUUUGGCCCAGUACGGUCAAGAUACCAACGUCGAAUUCUUUCUCAAUGCUUAUCAAACUAAACAGGAGACCCUGGUUGGUGUCAAACGUUUCCGCCUGCGCCCAGAAUCCAACGAGCCACGUAACCUGGGCAGUGCUCUGGAGUACGCUAGCACUCGCUUUUUCAGCAAAGAGACGGGGGGCCGUGCACACCUAGGCUCCCGACAGUUCCUAGUCGUUUUGAGUGCAAAAGACUCAGACGAUCCUGUGUCUAAGGCGGCUCGUAAGAUCAAAUCAGAAGGGAUAACUAUCAUUGGGAUGAGCGCAGGUGCAACAAUGGAUGUAAUAGACCGUUUUGCCAGCCCUGGGUAUGCAUUUGAUUCUUCCAGACUAACUCGUAUAAAAGAUGUCAUCAUGAUUGAGAAACCGGAGACCAUUACUGAAGAUUGCAAAGGAGCCAAUGUGGCAGACAUCGUGUUCAUUGUUGAUGAGUCGGGAAGCAUUGGAACCGACAACUUCCAGCUGGUGCGCUCUUUCCUGCACUCAAUUGUGAGCGGCCUGGAUGUCAGUCCGUCUAACGUCCGAGUAGGCAUUGUUACAUACAACGAAAGGCCCACAGCACAGGUCUACCUCGACACGUUCAAUGACAAGGCCGAAAUCCUGCAGUUCAUCAAGAUCCUCGCUUACAAUGGAGGUGGUACCUACACUGGAGCUGCCCUAAAGUUCACUCAGGAAGAACUCUUCAUUAAGAAAAAGGGAAGCAGGAAGGGUGUCCAGCAGGUGGCAAUAGUGAUCACCGACGGUAAAUCCCAGGAUUCUGUGAGCGAAGCGGCAAUCGCUCUUCGUCGGGCUGGUGUCACCAUUUACGCUGUAGGAAUCGAAAAUGCCAACGAGGCCGAACUGAUAGAGAUGGCGUCUUACCCCCCUUAUCAGCACGUUUUUAUUGAGAAAAGUUUCACCAAGCUUAAACCCCUGAAGCAGAGCCUUCAGAAAACCCUGUGCAGUAGCAUCAUUCACCAAGCUGUCACAAUCAGUACAACCACAGAAAACAUCAAAGAAGCAUGUGAACAAAAGGAUGAAGCAGACAUCUUCUUCCUGAUGGACGACUCAGGAAGCAUUGGUAACGAAGACUUCUAUGACAUGAAGAAGUUCAUCAUUGAGUUUCUUCAUGUCUUCCGUAUUGGGCCACACCAUGUCCGCAUGGGGCUUGUUAAAUACUCAGAUGCGGCAACUUUGGAAUUUGACCUGACAACCCACUCAGAUGUUGUUAAACUGGAGAAAGCUGUGAAGGGUAUUGCACACAAAGGAGGUGGGACAAACACAGGAAAAGCGCUAUUAUCCAUGGGACCCUACUUUGAAGACGCAAAGAGAACUCGUGGUCACAAUGUCCCACGGUACCUGAUCGUCAUCACCGAUGGAAAAUCCUCCGAUAAGGUCUUGGCUCCUGCAGAAAGUUUGAGGGCACAGGAUGUCGUCAUCUAUGCCGUCGGGGUGAAAGAUUCAAACGUGACUGAGCUGGAACAGAUUGCUGGCGACCCCGAGAGGACUUUCUUUGUUAGUAAUUUUGAUGCCCUGAAGUCCAUCAACAAUGACAUCAUCACAGACAUCUGUUCUCCAGAUAUUUGCAAAGACAUACCGGUUGACGUCUUUUUCUUAACUGAUAGCUCUGACAGCAUCGAUCCAGAAGACUUCCAGAAAAUGAAAGAAUUCAUGAUAUCUACCAUUAACAAGUCCAUCAUCGGGCAGAAUAAGGUGCAUUUUGGUGUCAUGCAGUUCAGCACCAUCCAAAGACUAGAGUUUCCCCUCAACCGCUACUACAGCAAAGUGGAAAUGGAAAAAGUCAUCAAUGAUAUGCAGCAGAUGAGUGAAGGCACGCACACAGGAAAGGCCAUCACAGAGGUGUCGAAGUAUUUCGAUGCAACCAGAGGAGGGCGUCCUAAUCUGAGUCAGAAGCUGAUAGUGAUAACCGAUGGCCGGGCCAAAGACGAGGUCAAAGGCCCCGCUGCAGCUCUGAGGGCCAAGGGAGUGGUGGUCUAUGCCAUUGGAGUGGGGAAAGCUGAAUCUUCCCAGCUGUUAGAGCUCAGUGGUUCAUUGGACAGGAUAUAUGUUGGGAGGACCUUUGAUGCGCUGAAGGCCCUGGAGAGCGAAUUGGCCUUGAAGAUCUGCGAUCCAACGAGAGAAUGUAAGAAGAUAGAGAAAGCUGACAUUAUUUUCCUGGUGGACGGGUCCACAAGCAUAGAUUCAACAGAGUUCAAAAGCAUGCAGACAUUUAUGCAGUCAAUAGUGAACCAAACCACAGUUGGCAAGGACCUGACUCGUUUUGGGGUCAUUCUCUACUCCACUGAAACAAAGUUGGAUUUUACUCUAAACACCUAUGACACCAGACAAGGCGUUCUUAAAGCAAUAACAAAUUUGGUGCCACCAGGAGGAGACACCUACACAGGCAAGGCCUUGGCAUACUCAUUAGAGUUCUUUAACACUAAACAUGGCGGCCGGAAACAACGGAAGGUGCCUCAGAUUCUCAUGGUGAUCACAGACGGGGAUGCCACCGACCAUCACAAACUAAAGCCGACAUCUGAUGCACUGCGAGACAACCAGAUCACCGUCUUCAGUAUCGGAGUGAAAGAAGCAAUCAGGGACCAGUUGGAGACCAUGGCUGGUGGCGACAUAUCCAAAGUUUUCUAUGUGGACAAUUUUGAGGCCUUAGAAACUCUGUACAAGAAUAUUUCUUCUGUCCUCUGCAAUUCCACUAAGCCAGCUUGCGAGAAAGAUAAGGCCGACCUGGUCUUUCUACUCGAUCAUUCUAGCAGCAUCACCAGAGACAAUUACAAAAUCAUGAUAAACUUCACGAAAGAAGUAGUGAACAGCUUUAAUGUCAGUGAAAAGUCUGUGCAUGUUGGACUUGCACAGUUCAGCGAUAAUCCUAAACAUGAGUUUGACCUCGACAAGUACUCCAAGAAGGAGGAUGUGAUCAUACACAUCGACAAUAUGGAAUACCGGGGUGGAAACACCUUUAUCGGAAAGGCUUUGGAUCACAUUAAGGAUUACUUCAACACGUUACGGGGCGGCCGUAGUUUGGUCCCCAAGAAUCUGGUGUUGAUAACAGAUGGCGAUUCUCAUGAUGACGUGGAGGACGCGGCUGAUCGUGUCAGGGCUCUGGGGAUCGAGGUGUUGGUCAUCGGUGUUGGAGACGUCCACGACCUUCAGCUCCUGCAGAUCACUGGCACUCCGGAGAGGCUGUUUACUGUGCAGAACUUCAACAGCUUGAUAAACAUCAAGAAAAAGGUGGUCGACACCAUCUGCAAAACCCCCACAGAUCCCCCUGGCUGCAGCAUAGACAUCGCCAUGGGUUUUGAUAUUUCUCGAAGAACUGGAGCUCCUGGUGAGAUGCUGAUCAGCGGCCACACCAAGCUCCAGACCUUCCUGCCAGAGAUCGUCCAUUACGUUUCCUCGGUACAAGGCCUGUGCUGCGUGACGGAACCUGUCAAUACCAACAUUGCCUUCCAAGUGGUGGAUCGUGAUGGACGUUCCCUGUACGACACAAACUUUGAAGUCUACAACGAAGAUGUGGUGAAGAAAGUCAUGACCCUGCAGAUGUCGGAACCUACCUACUUUAACACUGCCCUGCUGAAAUCCUUCAACAAGAGGUUUGAAAUGUCCAACGCUGGUGUGAAGGUGCUGGUGAUCUUCACAGACGGAUUCGAUGAAGACGUGAUGAAACUGAAGCAUGAAUCAGAGCUGCUGCGACAGUCUGGGGUCAGCGCUCUGCUGACUGUGGCUCUGGAGGGAGUGCGUGACCCCGCCCAGCUGCAGAAGGUGGAGUUUGGUCGAGGAUUCGGCUACAAGCUUCCUCUCAGCAUCGGCAUGCCGAGCGUCGGCAGCACCAUCCUCAAACAGAUUGACAUGGUGUCAGAUAGGGAGUGCUGCAACGUCAUGUGCAAAUGUUCGGGACAUGAAGGCAUCCAUGGGUCUCCAGGCAAACCGGGGAUAAAGGGUGAGUCUGGACAGAAGGGUCAACCAGGCUUCCCGGGAGAGGAGGGAGUCAUUGGUGAGCGAGGGCCUCCUGGGCCAAGUGGACCUCAGGGCCUCCAGGGCUGUCCUGGAGCCAGAGGACAGAAGGGCUACCGAGGACUUUCGGGCAACAGGGGUGAAAAUGGAGAAGACGGACUGGACGGAGUCGACGGAGAGCAGGGGCUGACGGGACCGGAUGGCGCUCGAGGAGAGAGAGGACACCCAGGAAACCCAGGUAUCCCAGGUAUCAGAGGGGAGGCGGGGCUGAAAGGACAGCGAGGACUGAGAGGAGAUCCGGGUGAAUCGGGUGCUGAUAACACCGUCCCAGGAGCCAAGGGAGAGCCCGGGAACCCAGGUUUACCGGGUCCACCUGGAAAGGACGGACGGCCAGGUGAGGGUGGAAUCGAUGGAAACCCGGGUCCAGAUGGAAGAAGAGGCGCAGUCGGUGGGAAGGGUGCACCUGGACCCCCGGGAGCACCAGGACUUCGGGGCAGCCCAGGUGCUCCUGGUCCACAGGGAACCAGAGGGGAAAACGGUGAUCGUGGACCAAAAGGAAUGUCUGGCUUUCCUGGACCUCAGGGUGGACCAGGACUACCCGGAGAUCCAGGAUUAGCCGGACGCCGUGGCGCUAACGGACAGAAGGGCCAACCAGGAGAUCCGGGUGUUAAGGGUGCUCCGGGAUCACAGGGACCCAGAGGACAGCCAGGUCAGGAUGGCAGAGACGGUUAUGGAAGUCCAGGACCCAAAGGUGCCAAGGGAGAUCCGGGUUUUCCUGGUUACCCUGGUCUGCUGGGCGAGGACGGUCUGAAGGGAACCAAAGGAUAUCCAGGACGCAAAGGGAACCGAGGUCGAGGGGGGAACUCGGGCAGGCCCGGAGAGUCAGGCGUGCCUGGAGACCCGGGACAUCCAGGACACAGUGGUCCCAGAGGUCCUCCUGGAGGCAAAAGCAUGGCUGAGUGUGAGCUGGUCACCUACAUCAGAGACAACUGUGCAUGUUCCCACGGUCAUUCAGAGUGCCCGGCGUACCCCACCGAGCUGGUGUUCGGUCUGGACAUGUCCGAGGACGUGACCCCCGCAGCCUUCGAGAGGCAGCGCUCCGCCCUCCUCUCCCUGCUGGAGGACAUCAACAUCGCCGAAAGCAACUGUCCGACUGGCGCUCGCGUCGCUGUGGUGGGAUACAGCGCCUACACCAAGUACCUGAUCCGCUUCCAUGACUACCGCCGCAAAAAACAGCUGAUCGAAUCUGUGAAGAACAUCGCCCUGGAGAGGACGUCCAACACUCGCCAGCUGGGGGCCGCCAUGCGCUUUGUGGGUCAGAACGUCUUCAAACGCGUCCGAGCAGGAAUCUUGAUGAGGAAGGUGGCAGUUUUUUUCUCCAAUGGGCCGUCUCAGGAUGUUAACGACAUCGUCACCGCCAUGAUGGAGUACCGCGGCCUCAACAUCGUCCCGGCGGUCAUCUCUCUGAGGAACGCUCCGUCUGUUGAUCGAGCAUUGCAGGUUGAUGACACAGGAAACUCCAUCUUCACAGUGCUGGGGAGGCUGCAGGACUUGGCUGCUGACCUGAGCAAGGUCAAGAACUGUGCAAUCUGUUAUGACCCCUGCAAACGUUUAGAGCAGUGCGCCUUCAUCCAGGACGUCCCGAAGCCUCAGGAGGUCGACUUGGACCUGGUCAUGGUGGUGGACGGCUCCAGGGAGGUGCAGGCUGAUGAGUACGCUGGUGUCCAGCAGCUGUUGGGCUCUGUGGUGGAACAGCUGGCCGUGAGCCCGCAGCCCCGCCGGGCCGGCAACCAGGCCCGGGUGGCUGUAGUCCAGCAGAGCGGCACCCAGGCUACCAAGGUAGAGUUUGGCCUGCAGGCCUACCAGAACCACGACCUGAUGAAGAGGCAUCUGAUCCAGAAAAUGCAGCAGCAGAGCGGCUCCUCUGCGCUGGGACAGACGCUGGAGUUCUCCCUGAAGGAGGUGCUCCUGAAGGCCAGCCAGCCCCGGAGGAGGAGGGCGCUGCUGACUGUGGUGGGCACCCAGACGGGUUACCGGGACCGAGCCAAGCUGCACUACAUCUCCCAGAAGGCCAAGUGCGAGGGGGUGGCGAUGUUUGUGGUGACGGUCAGCGAGCGCUACAACCGGACGCAGGUGGAGGAGCUGGCCAGUCUGCCUGUACAGCAGCACCUGAUCCACGUCGGCAGACUGAAGGCCGACGAGCAGGGCUACGCCCAGCGCUUCAUCAGAGUCUUCCUCACCGCCAUCAACAAGGGAAUGAACACGUAUCCUCCUCCUUCAUUAAAAAAGACCUGCAACCAGCUGACAGACCAGGAAGAAGAACAGUUCUUAAAUGGUCAGGGGUCGGCACUGCUGGAGGAGGAUUUGAUUAUGGAUGAGGUGGCGGAGAAGUUUCAGGAGCAGACGGGAGUACAGACUCAGACUGCUCAGCUGGAUGUCAUCAACACAUUGACCAGAAGGGACCGCCAGAGUUCGCUCUUAGGAGCUAACCUCAACGACACCUGUUUCCUCAGCCAGGAUGUCGGCAGCUGCCAGAACUACACCAUAAUGUGGUUCUUUGACAACGAAAAGGGUAAAUGCUCCCGCUUCUGGUACAGCGGCUGUGGUGGCAACGAAAAUCGCUUCAAGUCACUGAAGGAUUGUGAGAACCUCUGUCUGACGAAGAAUCCAUGAGGAGGAGGAGGAGGAGGGAAAGUCUUUGAAAACAGAUGCAUCUUCAAGGAAAAAUACCAAGGCGACCUCACAAAAUAUUGAAAAGCCUGUUGAGCCAGCUGAGUCUGUUCUGGGACUUUUAAACUGCUGUCGAAAACACACAGGGAAAGUUUAACUAUUCCACAACUCAGCAGCUGCUGAUGAAGGAGUUUUUAUCAAGACGAGUUGCUUUGAGUGUUUUUCCUUGAACAUGAAUGUUUUGUUUUCCCCCCCCCAAAUAAAACACCUUAUUUUAGUGAAUUCUCCUUGGAGCUUUUUUAGUUUUUUCAUCUCUGCUGGAGUUUUGCAGUCAAGAGCUUUCUGUUGGACGUUGAUUCCACCUUUUACUGUACCUGAUGCACAACCGGGACUUGAGCUUCUUUCAGGAUAAUUUUGAUUUUGAUUAGGUGCUAUUUUUGAAAGAAGAUCAAUUCCCAUGGGUCAAAAACCAGCCUUUUUUUUUUUUUUUUUGGAGCAGCUCGACAAAUGCCAUUGAAAUGCAGGUCACAUGGUUCAUCUGGAUUUUUUAUAACAUUUCUACAGCAACAAACUGAUGUAUUUUGUACUAGUUUCUGAUUAAAACUUUAGAUAACACCAAAACUCAAGCUUUGUCCAGUGAUGUUGCUAGGUACACGUCCUGUGUCUCUGACGCAUUAAAAUCCGAAAGGACACAGUAAACUCCCUAUCGACGCGUCCGGGGGACGCAGUCUGUUUUUUCCAUGACAAUGCUACAUUGUGAACAACAAAUACGUGUUGAAAUCAUAUAAAUAAACUAAAGAAACCUCAGUGUAAAAAAAA